GAAGGGGUGCGUGCCACUGCAAUAGGCGACAUAGCUGUACUCCAAACUCUCGCUCGGCCUCCCCAGGCUCCCAUAAAAAGCCCAAUCCCCCUUCCCCACCUGCAUCCCACUCGUGCUCGCAAACAAGCGUACGAGUUCGAGGCGUGGCGGCCCCUUUUGCAUGUUGCAUGCCGUAGCUCUGGCGGUGUAGUCCUCCUCCUCUCCGCCUCGCGAUUCGAACCAGUCCCCCAUUGCGAGCGCGCCGCCACAGCUGUUGCCAGGCUCCAAGGGAAGGGAUCGAGCGUGCGGGGUUCGGGUUCCCAGGAGGGAGCGGCUGCGGCGAUCGAUCGGAGAGGCGGCGACUCGGGAUCGGGCCGGGGCCGGGGCCGGUACGCGGCGAGGGAGUCGCGGCGGCGCAUGAGCUCUGACGCCGCGGGCGGCCAGCGAAGCAGCAGGAACCGCGGGAGGGCCGACGCGGCGCCGAUGCCGACCUCCUCGCCCUUCACCGGCGACGGCGGCGGCGCGGGCUCCCCGACCCGCGUCGAGCGCAUGCUCCGGGAGCGGGAGCACAGCCGCCGCCACAUCUUCGCGUCGGACACGAUGGAUACCGACGCCGCCGAACCCGUCUUCGCUUCCGCGGGGGCCUUCGCGGCGGAUGGCGUCCAGUCGCCUGGGCGUGCGUCGCCCGCCAAUAUGGAGGAUGCCGGUGGCGCGGCGUCGGGGCACGCCGCGCGACCGCCGCUUGCCGGCUCCCGCAGCGGCUUCCGCCGCCUCGGCCUCCGCGGCAUGAAGCAGCGCCUCCUCGUCGUCGCCAACCGCCUCCCCGUGUCUGCCAACCGCCGCGGCGAGGACCAAUGGUCGCUGGAGAUCAGCGCCGGUGGCCUCGUGAGCGCCCUCCUCGGCGUGAAGGACGUCGACGCGAAAUGGAUCGGCUGGGCGGGCGUCAACGUUCCUGACGAGGUUGGCCAGCGAGCCCUCACCAGAGCACUUGCUGAGAAGAGAUGCAUACCGGUGUUCCUGGAUGAGGAGAUUGUGCACCAGUACUACAACGGGUACUGCAACAACAUCUUGUGGCCGCUGUUCCACUACCUAGGACUACCACAAGAGGACAGGCUGGCAACAACGAGGAACUUCGAGUCACAGUUCGACGCGUACAAGCGUGCUAACCAGAUGUUCGCGGAUGUUGUCUACCAGCACUACCAGGAGGGGGAUGUAAUCUGGUGCCAUGACUACCACCUCAUGUUCCUCCCCAAGUGCCUCAAGGACCAUGACAACAAUAUGAAGGUCGGGUGGUUCCUGCACACGCCAUUCCCGUCAUCAGAGAUUUACCGGACACUGCCAUCCCGCUUAGAGCUGCUUCGCUCUGUGCUGUGUGCCGAUUUAGUCGGAUUUCAUACUUAUGAUUAUGCGAGGCAUUUUGUGAGUGCUUGCACUAGAAUACUUGGACUUGAGGGUACCCCUGAGGGUGUGGAAGACCAAGGAAGACUAACAAGGGUUGCAGCGUUUCCUAUUGGGAUAGACUCUGAUCGUUUCAAGCGAGCAUUGGAGCUUCCAGCAGUUAAAAGGCACAUCAGUGAAUUAACACAACGUUUUGCUGGUCGAAAGGUAAUGCUUGGCGUUGAUCGACUUGACAUGAUUAAGGGAAUUCCACAAAAGAUUUUGGCCUUUGAAAAGUUUCUUGAGGAAAACCCAGCCUGGAACGACAAAGUUGUUCUACUGCAGAUUGCUGUGCCAACAAGAACUGACGUUCCUGAGUAUCAAAAGCUUACGAGUCAAGUGCAUGAAAUUGUUGGGCGCAUAAAUGGUCGUUUUGGAACCUUAACUGCUGUCCCUAUUCAUCAUCUGGAUCGAUCUCUUGAUUUCCAUGCCUUGUGCGCUCUUUAUGCCGUCACAGAUGUGGCUCUUGUCACAUCACUGAGAGAUGGGAUGAACCUUGUGAGCUAUGAGUAUGUUGCAUGCCAAGGAUCUAAGAAAGGAGUUCUGAUACUUAGUGAGUUUGCUGGGGCAGCCCAGUCACUUGGAGCUGGUGCCAUUCUAGUAAACCCUUGGAAUAUUACAGAAGUUGCAGAUUCAAUACGUCAUGCUUUGACGAUGUCAUCCGAUGAGAGGGAGAAACGACACAGGCAUAACUAUGCUCAUGUGACAACUCACACGGCUCAAGAUUGGGCUGAAACUUUUGUGUGUGAGCUAAAUGACACGGUUGCUGAAGCACAACUGAGAACAAGACAAGUUCCUCCUGGGCUCCCAAGUCAAACGGCAAUCCAGCAAUAUCUGCGAUCUAAAAAUCGUCUGCUCAUAUUGGGUUUCAAUUCAACAUUGACUGAGCCAGUCGAAUCCUCUGGGAGAAGGGGUGGUGACCAAAUCAAGGAAAUGGAACUCAAGUUGCAUCCUGACUUAAAGGGUCCUCUGAAAGCCCUCUGUGAAGAUGAGCAUACUACAGUUAUUGUUCUCAGCGGCAGUGAUAGGAGUGUUCUCGAUGAAAAUUUUGGAGAAUUUAAAAUGUGGUUGGCUGCAGAGCAUGGGAUGUUUUUACGCCCAACUUAUGGAGAAUGGAUGACAACAAUGCCCGAGCAUCUGAACAUGGACUGGGUUGACAGUGUAAAGCAUGUUUUUGAAUACUUUACGGAAAGAACCCCAAGGUCCCACUUCGAACACCGUGAAACAUCAUUUGUGUGGAAUUACAAAUAUGCUGAUGUUGAAUUUGGAAGGCUACAAGCAAGAGAUAUGUUGCAGCACUUGUGGACUGGUCCAAUCUCAAAUGCUGCUGUUGAUGUUGUUCAAGGGAGCCGGUCAGUUGAAGUUCGGUCUGUUGGAGUUACAAAGGGUGCUGCAAUUGAUCGUAUUUUAGGGGAGAUUGUUCACAGCGAAAACAUGGUUACUCCAAUUGACUAUGUCCUAUGCAUAGGGCACUUCCUUGGAAAGGAUGAGGACAUCUAUGUCUUUUUCGAUCCUGAGUACCCAUCUGAAUCCAAAGUAAAACCAGAGGGUAGCUCAACGGCCCUUGACCGGAGGCCAAACGGAAGGUCAUCAAACGGCAGGAGCAACUCCAGGAACUCACAGUCCAGGACACAGAAGGUGCAGCAGGCUGUAUCAGAGAGGUCGUCCUCAUCAAGUCACAGCAGCACGAGCAGCGACCACAGCUGGCGCGAGGGAUCCUCCGUCCUCGAUCUGAAGGGCGAGAACUACUUCUCCUGCGCCGUUGGAAGGAAGCGGUCCAACGCCCGUUUCCUGCUCAGCUCAUCGGAGGACGUUGUCUCCUUCCUCAAAGAGUUGGCAACGGCAACGGCUGGCUUCCAGUCCAGCAAUGCCGAUUACAUGUUCUUGGAUAGGCAGUAAAUAGCACCAAGCCUCUGGUAACCCUUGGAAAAAAAAUAUUCAUUUCUCAUAUGCGUGACAGAGUUACACCCGUAGCCGGUCAGGGUGCUGUACAAUCCUGUACAAAAUUUGUGCUCGUCAUUAAACUGCGAGAGUGGAGCAAAUGGAAAGGAUAAAGGAGUUUAGGGAGGUAUGGCUUUUGGUAUGA